GCAUUUAACAUUAAGACUUUAAAAUUGACACAUGCUUUGAAAUGGGACUGUGAAAGAGUCAAAUUAUUGUAAAAUAAUCCGUAUGCGAGGGUUCAUUGUGGAGUUUUUUUUGUCUGUAGUUAUUAGUUUUUAAAGUGAUCUCUGGCGCUUUCCUUGGACUGACUACAUCACCAUGCGUAAACAUUGUAGGUCUGGGGGUUUCAUACGUCCUCAUAACCGAUAUGGUGUGUAACUUUUGUUAAGUGGAUACGACGUUUAAAGUAGUUGUUCAUUUAAAUGGACAGUCAUUUCGUUCCCGAGGACACAAUGUAUACGCCAUGAAGUACGGUAGGCUAGGUAGGGUAAUACCCUAAUUAGAUCAAUUGUCAGUGUAUGACCUAGAGUAUGCUAUUAUCCGUGUUUUACAUGUAGUUACCGUCGUUUUUUAAACAAGUAAAUUAUCUCUUCAAAUGAGACUUGAUUUAUGAUUUUUCGAGGAUGACAAGAUCAAUGAGGUGGGCUUAACUUGUGGACAUCAAAUCACUGAAUAGCGGCACGUGAUUUGGUAUAAGAUUUUCUUAUUUCGUCCAUUGUACGUUACUUCUUUGGAAGGAAAGUUUGGGUACGGCAUGCAAGCGCAUGGCUCCAUACUGAAGUGUUUAAGUUAGUCUGAAGGGAAAUUUAAAAUACCUAAAAAUACAGCGUUGGUUUCUUCCCUACAAAGAGUCAUUUGAACUUCCCACCGCAGAGCGAGAGCGACAUAAAUAGUUCUGACAUGUGGAUGUAAUUUCAGAAGAGGAAGAAAAAACACAGAUGUUCAGAAAUAAAGAGAACAGGCUUAGUUUGAACGUAUUGUAACGUUCAGAAAAAAAAGAGUCAGAGAUUAAAAUAGAGUUAUGAUUUUUCAAGCUAUUAUCACAGUCAAGAGGACAGAUGGAGUAUAAAGAUGAAAUACUUCAUCCAGACUGUUAAGUAGGUUAUUUGCAUCGGAACUGUGCAUCCAUUUUAGUAAACCUGAUUUUUGAAAGGACACUUGGUGGUCCCAGAGUUUUCUCAGUUAGGGAUGGGACCCUUUUUUGAGUCCAAUAAUUUGGGCUUACUUCUCGUAUCGCUCCUCGGCUGUGCCUGUCUGGUAUACGCCGACGAUGUUCUCACCAAAGAAGAACAAAUUGGCCUGUUGUUCAAAGCAAAAGGGAAAUGCGAGGGUGCCAUUAAGUCCAAAUACAGUAUUCCUGAUGGUUUCUGCUCACCGGAAUGGGAUGGUAUUGUUUGCUGGCCAGAGGGGGCACCAGGAAAGCUGGUGUCCACUUCAUGUCCUGAGUACAUCUAUGACUUCAACCAUAAAGGCCUAGCAUAUCGUCGCUGUGACAACAACGGAACGUGGGAGAUCACAACCAGCAACAACAAGACCUGGGCCAAUUACAGUGAAUGUGCAAAAUUCCUCUCCAACUACAAGAAUGAUGAGAAGGAAGUCUUUGACCGGCUGUAUCUCAUUUAUACGGUGGGCUACUCCAUCUCUCUGGGAUCACUUAUGGUGGCUGUAGUAAUCUUGGGAUAUUUCCGACGGUUGCAUUGCACCAGGAACUACAUCCACAUGCACCUGUUUGUGUCCUUCAUGCUGCGGGCCAUCAGUAUCUUCGUGAAAGACGUGGUCUUGUAUUCUGGCUCGGUCUUGGAGGACAUGGAGCGCGUCAGUGUGGAAGAUCUCAAGUCCAUCACUGAAGCACCUCCAGCCAAUAAAACCCAGUUUAUUGGCUGCAAGGUGGCUGUGACCUUGUUCUUGUACUUCCUGGCCACUAACUACUACUGGAUCCUGGUGGAAGGCCUUUAUCUUCACAGUCUCAUCUUCAUGACCUUCUUCUCUGACAGGAAGUAUCUUUGGGGAUUUACUAUGAUUGGUUGGGGAGUUCCAGCUAUGUUUGUGACAGUUUGGGCAAGUGUUCGAGCCACCUUGGCAGACACAGAGUGUUGGGACCUAAGUGCUGGCAAUUUGAAAUGGAUAGUUCAGAUACCCAUCUUGACUGCUAUCGUGGUGAAUUUUCUGCUGUUCCUGAAUAUAAUCCGAGUUCUGGCAACCAAGCUAAGAGAAACCAAUGCCGGCAGAUGUGACACACGACAGCAGUACAGGAAACUGUUGAAGUCGACCUUGGUGCUGACGCCUCUGUUUGGGGUCCACUACAUUGUGUUCAUGGCCAUGCCGUACACAGAAGUUACCGGGGUUCCUUGGCAGAUACAGAUGCACUACGAGAUGCUUUUCAACUCUUUCCAGGGAUUCUUUGUUGCAAUUAUAUAUUGCUUCUGCAAUGGCGAGGUGCAAGCAGAGAUCAAGAAGUCCUGGAGUAGGAGGACGCUAGCCCUGGACUUUAAGAGGAAAGCUCGCAGUGGCAGUAACACAUACAGCUACGGACCCAUGGUUUCACACACCAGCGUGACCAACGUCACUGCCCGCGGACCACUGGCCCUGCACCUCACCACACGACUGGGGCCCGUCACCGUUAACGGCCACCGGAACCUACCGGGCUACGUGAAGAACGGCUCUGUGUCGGAGAACUCGAUCCCUUCCUCGGGGCAGGAGUUGCACGUCCCCGAAGAGGAGCCGUCCAACGCCACCCAGCGCUCCUGCGAGGAGGACAAGCCUUCGCCCGUGGUGGAGGAAGAGAGGGAGACCGUCAUGUGACCGACAGCACGGAGCAGUCGAGCAUCUCAGGAUGUCGUGUUGGGGAUGACUGUGUUCACACUGCCAGUUAUUCUCCUGUGAAUCAUGCCAGGACUUGGAGGAUGGGAUGAGGCUCUAGGCACAAGGGUGUAUCAAUGUGUGAGGCUGGUCACCAAUACAAUCACCUUCCCCAUUCUAGCAGAGACUCUGCUCUGAGAAAACGUCCAUCAGCCACACAGAUCAACUGUUGGCUGAGAACAGAAUGGAGCAAUUUCACGGCUGUUUCUCAUUGACGUUAUUGUGUCACAGGUAGGAUGAAUACAAUCAUGUAGCUCCUUUAGUUUUCAUUGUCAAGUAUUUUUACUACUCUGCUCCUGGAAUUGGAAUCACAUUGUCUGUUCUUCGUAGUUCCAAUACGUUACAGUAUAUAAAGCUCAAUCUCAGAUAUUGUAGAUUUACUCUUUUGUAUAUAUAUCUAUAUAUAUAUAUCUAUAUAUAUAUAUAUAUAUAUAUA